CUGGAAGCCAAUCCAUUGGGACGGAUCCAGGAGGCCUGUUUGCAAAUGCUUCUAUUCUAUUCUCUUUUCUUUUUAUAUUAUUCUCCAAUAAAUCUUUGUUAGGUUAACCAGACUUAUCUUCGUAUUGUGAGUAUAAAAAUUUGGGGUUUUUACAUCUCACAAUCUUGGUGGAGAAUGCGGGCAUGCAGAGUCUCUAGGGGACACUGUUCUCAGUAAAAUCAGGAGCGCGCCUGUUGAUUUCAACUGCCUGGAGUUAUCUGAGAUCUAGUUUCCCCUUGCAGGCUCUGAGCCAAACUAAAUUGACAAUUCUGGUUUACAAAAAUCAAAGAACAGGAAAAAAGGAAGAAAAUCAGCAACUAAAGCCCAGACCAAGUAACCCAGUGCACUGGCCCAGCUAGAAAAAAGUGUCCGCCGACUACGGGAGAAAUUCUAUGGAAAAGUGAGCAUCACAGAUGCUGUGUUUCUGAUGCGGACGUUCCACAAUGAUCAUGAAAUGGUCUGCAAGUACAUCGUCCUUGAUGUAAAAGAAACAGAAGGUGUAGAUCCAGAAGAUGGAGAGAAGCUCAGAAGUGAUCCGAUAGCAAUGAAAGUAGUGAAUAAACUGAAGGAAGAAGAGGAGCAGAAUAAACAGGACAUCAAGGGCAAGGAUGAUAAGAAGAUUAAGGAGGUUGCUAGACAGCUGAUGCCCUUGACAAAGGAGAACUUACGGAUGUUCAAUAAUGCCCAAAACAAUCGCAUCCCUCCAGCUAUUCGCCAAUUUGCCUGCCAGCCUUGUGACCACAUGUGGUGGCGUCAGGUCCCAGAGAGAAAACAGGUGUCCCGUUGCCGCCGAUGUCGAAUCCGCUAUGAUCCAGUGCCAUACGAUAAAAUGUGGGGCACAGCAGAGUUUAAAUGCCCCUCAUGUGGCCAUACUUUCAGGGGAUCAGCUCAGAUGGGCACACCAUCUCCUUGCUUCCAGUGCCACACACCCGUACUUCCAAGCUUUAUCCUCCCACCUCAAAAGUACCCAGGACCCCGAGGCAGACAGCAGCAUUCUUGCUUUGCAGAGGAUUGCUACAACCGAUCAGAGCCUCAUAUUCCCGGAACCCAUUGUGUUCAUCCACGAAGCCGGGUCAGGAAUCGCUUGCCAAAAGUCCUCUGUCCCAGCGAAGAGCAUGAUAGCACGGGUUCCACAGUAGCCACUUGCAUAAGCCAAGGCAGCCUGGCAUGUUCGAACAUCAGUGACCUCAUCUUAGAGGAUCUGAAAGAACAGGAUGAAGAGAACGAUAGCGAGGGCAGCAAUUAGCCAUCCGUGGGAUUGAGAAACCAACCACCUUAGGGAGAUGGGCAGAAGGUUGCAAAUUAGGGGAAAUGGCAUCUGUAUGGAGUCUUGCUUUAUAUUCUCCUGAACUCCAUGCAUAUCUAUUCUAAUUAUAAAAAGUGAUUUGCUUCAGGCCCAAUUUGAUACUAUAAAAAAGAUAUGAUGGGGACUAGGGAAGCUUUGUCGUCAUCACAAAGCUCAUCGACCUGCACUUUAGGUUCAUGGGACCAAAACAAUAAAGAUGAUGGAAUUGGAGGAUCCCAAGUAAUAAACUAAUUAAUGAAGAGAAUUAUUCUCAUUGUGAUAUGUUUUAAUUAUUGAAAUAUGAAACUGAAAGACCAAAUUUUUUUCUUAAUUAAAAAGGGCAAGCAAAUACCCUCCAAAGUACUUGUAUAAUAAUAGUAAUGCUACUGAAGUAUUAGUUAUACCAUAUAUAAACAGUCUUUCUCUGUAUAUAUUAGAGAGUUAUCCUUUUUAAAGGGCAUCAGAGUGGGGGGAAGCUAAUAUAUACAAUGCCUUAAAAUUGAGAUUUUUAAAAUGGAAAGCGUUAAUAUGUCUCCUACUGUGCAGAUAUUUUUUUAAAAUCAGUGAUGAAUGCACAUACAAACUGCAGUGCAUCUUUUGUUGCCCUGGUAUAUUAAAAUGCAAAUUAAAAUAUU